UUGCGUCAAUAAAACGAAACCGAGAUGUUUAGUUCGACCUCGCUAGAUCCGGUCCCGGCAAAACGGCAAUCGAAACCAUUUCCGUCCAUAUCGCAACCGAAACUCGUGGGAUUCUUCAGCAUCGACGCACACCGGAAGUACGAUGGAUCGGCCGCUCAGCUCAAAUACCUUUCGCUUCCACCACCGCCACGAACCGAUCUGCAUCUUGACCUCAACGAGGGAUUUGAAAUUCAUCAUCCGAAACCGGAAAGUGCGAAGGCUGAAGGAAUUGAUAUGCUGCUGUCCUACCUGCGCCACAAUAGCACCCCCGACAGCUGGACACACCGGCCAGAGUCGGAACUGUCCGGGGAAAGCCGCACCGCUCGAUUACGGUAUGAUUUCGUGUGCUUUCGCGGGUUGCUUCGAUUGAUUGCGUGCACACCGUACGAUCGGAACACGGGUUGGAUCGUACAGGCAAUCCGCUACCGUGGUACGAUCUAUCUCUGUGAAAGACCCACGGCCGAGAAGCUGGAAUCGGCACGGAAUGAAACUGAACAGCAACGCCGGUUCUGCUUUUACGGAUUCAAGUUCGAGCAGCACAUCCUCACGGAGCGUCCCAACAUCCGGCCCGAUACUUCCGAACCCGUCGUACUGUCGGAAGAGUUUUGCUCCCUGUUCGACAGCACACUGGCCGGUAAACGGUUACUGUAUGGAGCUGAAAUGGACGGAAUAAUCUUGGAAGAGAAACGGCCACCACUCGAUCGAGACGGUUUAACGGUGGAUGAGCUACGACGGUUCGAGUUUGUGGAGGUCAAAGUGAAACGACGGGAAACGAACCAACGGCAGCUGGACAAUUUUUAUCGCUUUAAAACGAAAAACUGGUGGUGCCAAAGCUUCCUCGUGAACGUGCAGCGGAUCGUGGUAGGCCUGCGAGAUGAUCGGGGAAUCGUGAGGGAGAUAACGGAGAUGAAGCUGAAGGAUCUGCAACGCGAUUCUCGUCACCAUUGGUCCGCGGCCGUUUGUAUAAACUUUUUGGAUGAAUUUCUGCAAGAAGUGGCCACCGUACUGAAGGGUGUAGAUGACUGUACGCGUGUCUUUCAAUUUGAAUACAGUCCACAGGAACACGCACGUGUACGGUACCGUGAUCUAGGUGUUGGACAUCCGGAUUCUUUUCUCCCGCAAUGGUAUACGCAGUACGUAGAAAGUAAAUAAAACUAUCAGGACUUUUGACUAAC